CAGCGCCCCCCAGAGGCCACCGGCGGUAACAGCGGUGCGCGGCGCUUCUCAACCGUCGAAGAUGGCGACCAGAGUCCUUCACAGGGUGAGCGGUGGCCUGGGUCGGGCUACGAGCAGCGGGGCCCGGCCGGGCGGAUGCCUCGUCGUGUGGAGCAGGGGAUUCACGACUUCCGUCAGCAGAAGCGGAAAGGACAGCUGGUUUAAGUCGCUGUUUGUGAGGAAAGUUGAUCCCAGGAAAGAUGCACACGCUACCCUACUAACCAAAAAUGAGGAAAGUAAUCUGUACAAAAUCCAGUUCCAUAAUGUCAAGCCAGAGUGCCUGGAUGCCUACAACAAGCUCUGUGAGGAGGUUUUGCCCUCCAUCCAUGCUGAUAAGUACUACCCCUGUGAGCUGGUGGGUACUUGGAAUACCUGGUAUGGAGAACAAGACCAGGCUGUCCAUCUGUGGCGCUACAGGGGCGGGUACCCGGCUCUAACCGAGGUGAUGAACAAGCUCAAGCAGAACGAGGAGUUCACAGCCUACAGGAAGGAGCGCGGGAAGAUGCUGAUGUCUCGCAGGAACCAGCUCCUGCUGGAGUUCAGCUUCUGGAACGAGCCCGUUCCCCGAGAGGGGCCCAACAUCUACGAGCUGAGGUCCUACCAGCUCAGGCCAGGAACCAUGAUUGAGUGGGGUAAUUACUGGGCCAGAGCCAUCAGAUACCGCCAGCACAACCGAGAAGCUGUGGGAGGCUUUUUCUCACAGAUCGGCAACCUCUACAUGGUGCAUCACCUCUGGGCUUACAAAGACCUCCAGUCCAGAGAAGACACCAGGAAUGGAGCCUGGCAGCAGGAGGGCUGGGACGAGGUGGUGUAUUACACAGUUCCUCUCAUUCAACAUAUGGAUUCCAGGAUCAUGAUCCCGACGAAGGCUUCUCCUCUGAAGUGAAAUGAGAGCUGAGCAGGAGUGGCUCCCUUUUUGAAUGUUACAUCCAUCAACCCAGAGCAUCGGUUUUAUUGUUUCUAACCUCCCGUCAGUGCGGCCAAACAUUAUCCCUUUCCUCGCCCCUGGUGUCAUCACUUCCAGAUGUCCCCCGGACGGAGGAGACAGCUGAGCCUGCCAUUUAUCAGCAAACCCAAUAGUCCAAAAGAGUCCAUCGCGAUGCACCAGUUCAUUAUCAGUUAUUGAGUUCUGGAGCAGGGAGACAAAAUUUGGCCAAUUAAAACCUCCCGAUGGCCGUCAUGUCCAACUUGUGGUGCCACAUUAGCUAAACCCAGUCAAUGAAGAGAGCUCUGUCUCUAGGUUCAGAGCCAUCCAAAGUUACUUAAAGAUGAGCAGCUGCAUGAGGCCGGAUAGGAAGAAUAGUGCUGCGUGAUGCAGGAGCUCUUUAUUUAUUAAGCGUGCUGGCACUUUGACGCAAGCCAGUGCCGUUACUGAGUGAGGGGACAGAAGGCCUCUGUAUAUUCAGAUUUCCGUUCCUGAUCAAGAUGAGGGCGAUUCAAAAGUAGACUAUUGUGUAAAAUGUGAACCUCAUAUUGUAUUGGAGGUCUAUUGUAAAUCACAUGUUUUGAAAUGACUCCUUUCAAUUGCUUUUUUCCCCCCGAAGUUCCCUGUCAUAAUGUUGCAGUUUCCUGGUGCAUUGUUUGUAACAAUGGCUCCUACCCUAUUUUUCUGUGUGAAGACAGCAUGCAUAGUUUGAAACGGUUUUAACGGGGUCCUAACUAUCACGUAUGAGGAAACUGUCCGUAAGUGGCUGAGUGAGUGAGUUUUCAUGCUGCUGCACAUUGUAAUAUCAGAUUAUAUUGUAAAAGGAAGCAUGUUUAUCUUGUCUGUCUGUUCAUCGGGUUAUAGGGAACAGUGCAGAGGGAAGAACACCAACACAGAUUAAAGCAGUUGAAACAACA